AGAAACUAGGUGGCGCCCGCGGGGCGCGCGGCAGCGCCGCCUCCACCGCGAUUUAAAGGGCAGCGAGGCGGAGGGAUCCUCGUACCGACGCUCGAACGAUCCCUCCGCAGCGAGACGAAGCGACGGCAAAGACGCGGGUCGUUUUCUUGAAAGUCGCUCUUGUGCCUCCGCCGUCGGGAGCCGCUGGCGAGGAACUUCUUUUUCCCUGGCGUCCCUCCACUUCACCUCACAAAAUCUCGUCGAAGCCCCUGAGGCGGCCAGCUCCGGGCAGGGGGGCGCGCUCGCUGCCGACGUGGUGUCCCUCCGCCGUCGGCCACGGACUCUUUUUCGUGUCCUUCCACCGGGCCCGGGCGGUGUCCGGGUGGCUCACCGGGGGCGGCGACGCGUUUGCGGUGCGGACAGCGAGGCUCCGGGGAUAUGAGGUGAGAACACCCGGGGACCGGAGGAGGCACCGCGCGGCGGGAGGACACGGGACGCGGCCCCCGAGGGUGGCGGAUGCUUUUCGGACCGUGCGGCCGCACGCAAGGUGGAGGAGAGAACAUUGAAAUUAUUUUCUAAGCUAUUUGAAGAGAGUGACUAAAUGCACCUGGGUCAGGCUGUCUGUGGGUAUGAAGUGGUUGGGAGAAUCCAAGAACAUGGUGAUGAAUGGCAGGAGAAAUGGAGGCAAGUUGUCUAAUGAUCAUCAGCAGAACCAGUCAAAAUUACAGCACACAGGCAAGGACACCUUGAAGACUGGCAGAAACACAGUCGAGAGGAGGUCAAGCAGAUGUAAUGGUAAUUCAGGAUUUGAAGGACAGAGUCGUUAUGUGCCAUCUUCUGGAAUGUCCGCCAAGGAACUGUGUGAAAAUGAUGACCUAGCAACCAGUUUGGUUCUUGAUCCCUAUUUAGGUUUUCAGACACACAAAAUGAAUACUAGCGCCUUUCCUUCGAGGAGCUCAAGGCAUUUUUCAAAAUCUGACAGUUUUCCUCACAACAACCCUGUAAGAUUUCGGCCUAUUAAAGGACGGCAAGAAGAACUAAAGGAAGUAAUUGAACGUUUUAAAAAAGAUGAACAUUUAGAGAAAGCCUUCAAAUGUUUGACUUCAGGUGAAUGGGCACGGCACUAUUUUCUCAACAAGAACAAAAUGCAGGAGAAAUUAUUCAAGGAACAUGUAUUUAUUUACUUGCGAAUGUUUGCAACUGACAGUGGAUUUGAAAUAUUGCCUUGUAAUAGAUAUUCAUCAGAACAAAAUGGAGCCAAAAUAGUUGCUACAAAAGAGUGGAAACGAAAUGACAAAAUAGAAUUACUGGUGGGUUGUAUUGCCGAACUUUCAGAAAUUGAGGAGAACAUGCUACUUAGACAUGGAGAAAACGACUUCAGUGUCACGUAUUCCACAAGGAAAAACUGUGCACAACUCUGGCUCGGUCCUGCUGCGUUUAUAAACCAUGAUUGCAGACCUAACUGUAAGUUUGUGUCAACUGGUCGAGAUACAGCAUGUGUGAAGGCCCUAAGAGAUAUUGAACCUGGAGAAGAAAUUUCUUGUUAUUACGGAGAUGGAUUUUUUGGGGAAAAUAAUGAGUUCUGCGAGUGUUAUACUUGUGAAAGACGGGGAACUGGUGCUUUUAAAUCCAGAGUAGGACUGCCUGCGCCUGCUCCUGUUAUCAAUAGCAAAUAUGGACUCAGAGAAACAGAUAAACGCUUAAAUAGGCUUAAAAAGUUAGGUGACAGCAGCAAAAAUUCAAACAGUCAGUCUGUCAGCUCUAACACUGAUGCAGAUACCACUCAGGAAAAAAACAAUGCAACUUCUAACCGAAAAUCUUCAGUUGGUGUAAAAAAGAAUAGCAAGAACAGAACGUUAACAAGGCAAUCCAUAUCAAGAAUUCCUGCUUCUUCCAACUCUACCUCAUCUAAGCUAACUCAUAUGAAUAAUUCCAGGGUACCAAAGAAACUGAAAAAGCCUGUAAAGCCUUUACUUUCAAAAAUAAAACUAAGAAAUCACUGCAAACGGCUGGAGCAAAAGAAUAAUUCAAGAAAACUCGAAAUGGGAAACUUAGUACUAAAAGAACCUAAAGUCGUCCUAUAUAAAAACUUGCCCAUUAAAAAAGAUAAGGAGACAGAGGGACCAGUCCAGGCUGCUGCCACCGGUGGGUGCUUGACUAGACACGCGGCCAGAGAACACAGGCAAAAUCCUGGGAGAGGUGCUCACUCGCAGGGCGACAGCUCGCCCUGCACCUACAUAACCAGGCGCUCAGUGAGGACGAGAACGAAUGUGAAGGAGCCUUCUGACAUCAAGCUGGAACCAAACAUGUUGGAUGGCUAUAAAAACAGCAUGACUGAACCUUGCCCAGACAGUGGUGAGCAGCCAGCCACCGAGAUACAGGAAGAAGAACUAGCUCAUGAGACUGUCCAAAAGGGGGAAGACAUUUGUCUUAAGAGUGACCCUAGUAUGUCCAGAAAGAAGUCACGGCAAGGCAAACUCGUGAAACAGUUCUCAAAAAUAGAGGAAUCCACUCUGGGACAUGAUUCCCCCAAGAAAGACGGCAUGGUGCCAGAUUUGGUGGGAGCCCUUUCUGACCAGGGUGAGCCCAGUGGCAUGUUGGGGGUUCCUGUGAGCUAUACAGACUGUGCUCCUUCCCCUGAUGGUUGUUCAGUUGUUACAUCCGAUGGCUUCAAAACAAAAGACAGCUUUAGAACUGCAAAAAGUAAAAAGAAGAGACGAAUCACAAGAUACGAUGCACAGUUAAUCCUAGAAAAUAAUUCUGGGAUUCCAAAAUUGACUCUUCGCAGGCGCCAUGAUAGCAGCAGCAAGACAAACGACCAAGAGAAUGAUGGGAUGAAUUCUUCCAAAAUAAGCAUCAAGUUAAGUAAAGACCAUGAAAAUGAUAAUAAUCUCUAUGUAGCAAAGCUUAAUAAUGGAUUUAACUCAGGAUCAGGUAGUAGCUCUACUAAAUUAAAAAUCCAGCUCAAACGGGACGAGGAAAGUAGGGGAUCCUACCCAGAAGGGCUUCAUGAAAACGGUGUGUGCUGUAGCGACCCCCUUUCUCUCCUGGAGUCUCAAAUGGAAGUGGAUGACUACAGCCAGUAUGAGGAAGAGAGUACAGGUGAGUCCUCCUCCUCAGAGGGCGACGAGGAGGAGGAGGACUAUGACGAUGACUUUGAGGAUGACUUCAUUCCUCUUCCGCCAGCCAAGCGGCUGCGGCUCAUAGUUGGGAAGGACUCCAUAGAUAUUGACAUUUCUUCAAGAAGAAGAGAAGAUCAGUCAUUAAGGCUUAAUGCAUAAGCUCUUGGUCGUAAAUUGACCUGGGAUAACUACUUUAAAAAAGAUACAAAAUUCCAGUCAACGAUUCCUCAACUGAACCAUUUUAGUGGCAGCACUUCUAUUGUCUCACUUAUCAGCAUAAUAUUGUAGAAAGUGUACAGCGUAUUGACUCUUCCUAAGUCCAAUUUGUGCAAAUUUUUAUUGUACUUUUUAAAUAGCCUUCUUAUGUGCAAUUCUGAGCUAGAGUUAAAGCCCUGUUGUAAAAUAAAGGCUCCAGCAAAAUUGUACAGUGAUAGCAACUUUCCACACAGGACAUUGAAACAAUAAUGUGGCUACACAAUUUUUUUAAAAUUGAGAGCAUCAGCUGGCUCUUUAAUAUAUGACUAAACAAUAAUUUAAAACAAAUCAUAGUAGCAGCAUAUUAAGGUUUCAAGUAUAUGCUAAUAUCACCAGCAAUUAUCUUUGGCUUUUUGAUUUAUUGGCUAGAUGUUUCCCCCUUGGAGUUCUGUCAGUUCCACACUGUUUGCUGGCCCAGGUGUACUGUUUGUGGCCUUUGUUAACAUAGCAAAACAUUGGUUGGAAGUCAGAUUGGUUUCUU